AUGGAACGACCAGGGUCAGUGGACGGAACGGGGCUGGCGCACGCAUCAAGGUCAUCCGACGGCCCGGGAGCAGAAAGGGGACGACUGAGUAGCCCAGACGGAAUCGACGGGAUCGGUCGCCAGGAUACCGAAGGCCGUCGGGAGGCGUAUGUGCAGCCUGAUUUCGAGGAGUCUCCCGCUUACUUGACGGAUUCCUUUCCGGAAGGGAGGGGCCUAGUGCCUGAGGUGACUGUCAUCGACAUCGACCGGGAGGAGUCUCGUACAGUGGUGCCGACGACGACUACGGGGGCGAGUGUAAUCUUGCCGACGGAGAUUCCGAUCGAUAUGUCUCUGGUCGAUGUUGCAGGGGGGACGGAGCCGGCGUUGCCUGAGACGGGUUUGUUGGGCCCAACGGCGACGGUGCAACAGUUGACGACGUUCGACUUAUUCCAGGCGGUGGGUCGCAAGACGACAGUGGGUAUGGAGACGAAGGACUACGAGCGUUUCAACGUGGGUGCGAUUGAACGGUUGAACACGAUAUCAAAAGACCGCGGUCUGCAAGGCUGGAAAGGCGUAUUGCGCCGCAUCUGGGAGGACUUUGUGCCCAAGGGCGUAAAGGGGAACCGACUGGGCAUUCAGUGGACAAUGAUUCAAGCGGUGUCCUCGAUCCUGAUAUAUAUGCGGCCUCCUGCUCAUUACUUUUGGGGUCCUGUGUGGGGUGGUCUAUCGGUGUUUAUUUGCAUCAACGCAAUCACGACGUGUGACAUAGCCACGGGUGCUACCACGCGGAACGCUGCGCUUCGAAUUUUGGGGACCACACUUGCGGCCGCUCUCAGUUUCCUGUUUAUGGUCCCAAUGGUGUUGAAUGGCUUAAGCGGCUACGAGGACAACGAUGAGGUUCGGUGGAUUCUCUACUUCGCCUGCGUGGCCUCGCCCUUCUUCUGGAACUUCUGGAUCCACCACUUCCCUUCAGAAAUGGAGGAGAACUUCACUUAUCAAGGCUUCAGCACACACGUGUAUCUAUACGGAAACUACUCAACCAAGAUCGUCUACGACAUGUGCAUCUGUACUCUCGGCUCCUACAUCGGAGCCGUCUUAGGGUUCAUCGGCUACCAGUUCAUAGUGCCAUUACGCGCACGUGAUAAAAUCGUGCAUGAGGUUUCACUCGUUUGCGAUAAGAUGAGCGCGGUCUUGGAGCCACUCAUUGGAUUCGAAUCGGGCUUUAAGAUCAAGGGCAUGCGACCACUAGACGGGCGCCGAAAAAAGAACAUUCUCACCAAGACGAACACGCUGUUUAAGCAGACCAGUAAAGCCAUACGCAAAAGCAUUUCAAGGAACGCGUCCAAAGAAGAAGGCAUGACAGCCGCCGACAGCGACGACCUCGAGGCGACCAUGAUCAGUCUAGAUGACUUUCGAGACCACGUAUGGACUCUGUUGGGCGACUCGAGCAAAUUGAUGCAGGGCCACCCAGAACUCCUCAAGAACGCCACGGUAGAACACUACUGGCGAAAGCCGCACUUCUUCAAGCUGAAGAAGUUCCAGCUCCUCUACAAUGACUGCGUCGCCAUCUACUACCAUGUCAGCAGCCUCUUCCUCAUCCUUCAGACACAACUUACCACCACCCACCACAGGGACACCUUCGCCGAACUCAAUCGACACUGGGACGUGCCCCACACCGGCCAGCCGGAGUCCGAUUACGGUGGUUUGUUCGCACCUUCGCAGAAAGACGAUGAGUCAGUUCUCUCCGCUAGCAUGCUCUCCGCCAGCAUGUUCUCCGCUUCCAGUAGAGACGCCUCCAGUCGCGCCGGGCUCUCUCCCAACCGGCUCACCUCCGCCUCCCUCGAGGCGACCACACUUCUCCCAAACACGCUGCCAAAAACACUCGACCCCAACGCGGCGCUCGAUCUCAGCAGCACAGCGGUUCGGUCCAGCACCCUGCUCGACCGGAGCACAGUGGCCGAGCUGUCCCCGGUCCCGAGACAGCUCACCGUGCCUGGUCGACGACUCACCGGCGGCCCCGACGAUCGCGGUGCUGACGCCGCGCCC